AUGGUUUUACUUGAAUUAAUUUAUGCAAAAAGUAGAAGCACAAUUAGGGCGUUUGUACGUUUGACGACGACUACAUUAUCCACGAAUAAAGUUGUUGGUUUGUGGCUACUUGGUUGUACUGGAGUGGUCUAUGAAAGCGGUCUCUCUAUGGUGAAAUGGGAUUUGAUCAAAACUAUGAAGCCACCUUUCAAUCAAAAUGAAUGGGAAAUCGAGUUUGAAAAUUAUAAAAAAUAUCCUGAAUAUAAACAGUGGGGAAGAGCUGUUGGGUUAAUCUUUAUUGUUCCUUGUACUUAUUUUUGGCUUCGAGGAUAUUUUUCUAAUGGAAUAAAGCGGAGAAUGUUAUUUGCCGGGUCGUUAAUUCUCGCGCAGGGUGUUAUUGGUUGGUGGAUGGUUAAAUCAGGUCUUAAACAAACUACGGCUGUAAAGGAUGAUUCUUUUGUGCCAAGAGUAUCUCAAUAUAGACUUGUGGUCCAUUUAAGCCUUGCUUUCAUACUUUAUGGCGUUCUUCUCUGGAAUGGUCUUUCUUGUUUAUUUACUCCAUUCGAUGUGCAUGGAAGUAAAUUGGCUAUAUUCUCAACAAUUCUGCUUGGAGCAUUUGUUGCUGGUUUAGAUGCAGGAUUAGUCUAUAAUUCUUGGCCAAAAUACUCUGGAAAAUGGAUCCCACAUGAACUUAUGUCUAGAGAUAUAUUUGGUAUUGAUCAAUUCUUUUCGAACCCGGUCUCUGUACAAUUUCUUCAUCGAAAUCUGGUUAAAUUUUUACAAUAUUGGUUUUUGAUCUUGUCAUAUUAUUUUCAGGCCUAUUUGACGCUAAUCGUAGUUUCACUUACUUGGUUUAAGGGACGCAAUAUGAAGUUGUCAAAUCGUGCUAAAUUUGCAUUGCACACUCUUUUGGCUGCAUGUUUCACGCAAGCUGCGCUUGGAAUUGGAACUCUAAUCUAUGAGGUGCCAAUUUCAAUUGCGUCAAUUCAUCAGAACGGUGCCCUGGUUCUUUAUAGUGUUAUAAUUUGGUUAUCAAACGAGAUUAGAAGAAUACCGAAAUAA